GUCAGAACAGGAUUGUCCUCCUCGGCCGCCGUAUGAUGUCGUGGCGUUUGCUGACGUUCACAAACUUGCCACAGCUACACGGAAACCGUUAACUAUACAGUCUCUUAUUGAGUCUGACUGUCAUUAUUUCACAUCAUUUACGCCACCGGACUGUAACACCUUCAGCGGAUCAUAAUGAGGCGCGCCGGUUUGGGUGAAGGAGGCUCUGGAAACUAUGUAGCGAGUGGAUACAGUGUGUAUGAAGAGGAGAAUGAACACCUGCAGGAGGGACUGAGGGCUAAAGUCACAGCUUUGAAAAGUUUAUCUAUCGACAUCGGGAAUGAGGUGACAUACCAGAAUACAAUGCUGAAUGACAUGGACUCGGACUUUGACUCGACAGGCGGACUGCUUGGUGCCACCAUCGGCAGAGUGAAGCAGCUGUCCAGAGGCAGUCAGACCAAACUGUUGUGCUACAUGCUGCUCUUCUGCUUUUUUGUCUUCUUUGUCCUGUACUGGUUCAUCAAACUGAGGUGAUAAGAGGAACCUGUUGAACUCCAAAUUGUCCUCUCAAGUCUGAGCCACAGAUGCAUCUCAAACGAGGCCAACAUAAUAAUGAUGAGGGAAGGCAUGGCAGUGUCUCGGCUUUACAGAUGCCCUAGUCUCUCAAAGUUACAUAAAAUAACCCCAAAAUGAAUUGAUUAAAGGACUCACUGUUAUUUGAUUUGAGACCUUUAAAAGUACGUAAUGGUCUGAGGUGACAACUCACUCUGAAGUAGAAUCUGGUUUUGUGCAUAUCUGAAGCACACACAGCCAGAAUAUGUAUGUUCUUGAUCUCAGCCCAAUUUACCUCUAUUGAGAAGAUGAGACACAAAUAUUAACAAGCAGCAACUGUAGAAGAUAGAGCUGUGUUGUAAUCCUCAAAGUCAUGUGGGCACGUUGCAUGAUUAACUCAUAAAACGGUGAGGUGAUCAAUAUAUUCCAUGUUGUGUUCAAAGUAGUGAAAUCAUGGAAAUCUAGUGUACUUGCUAAAUGGGGUAAAUAUAAAUAUACAAUAAUUUGUCACCCAUCCAAAAACGACAGUAUAAGCAGUGUUCUUUAUUGAUGUCGAUGUUUUGUUGUAAAAAAAAGUUUUUUAAUGUAAAUAAACUAAUUCUAUGCUCUAAA